AUGGUGACUACCCGUUCCACUGCUGCAGCCUCCAACGCACCGCCACCACCCGAUCUAACCGAAUUCAUGAGGCAGAUGUCUGAAUCCAUGAAGGCUCUGAAGAAGCAAAAUGAAGACUUGGCUGUAAGGCUCACAGCUGCUGAGGGCUGUAAUAGCCAGAGGGACCAAGAGCGAGCAAGAAGACGUGAUGAACGGCGUGAAAAAGAAAGGCGAAGGGAAAUUCGCCAUGGAAAGCGGACGGCUGGUUCGCACCGUGACGAAGAAGCAAGUUCAGUCCAAGCUAGCCAUCAUACCACUGUCCAGAAUGAGGAGCACCAAGAGCAGGAGAGGUCCCAGCACACGAGGCCUCGACAGGAACAACCUCAUGGGCAAAAUGAAGGCCAGAUGAGUGCUGACAUGGAGGAUCUGAAGAAGAAGUACGAAGAGCUGACCCGUAAGUUGGCUGCAAAGGAUGAGAAAACCCCUGCUUCGGGGUUCAUGGAUAACACCGACCUGCCUUUCACUGAUCGAGUGUUAAAUUUUCCUUUGCCUGAAAACUUCAAGAUGCCUCGCGUCAAGGAGUUUAAUGGUAGUGGCGACCCUUCUGAACAUAUGGAAAGCGUCCGUGUUCACUUUUCCCUUCAUAGAUUUCCGGAUGAAAUAGCGUGCAGAACCUUUCCUCUCACUUUAAAAGGAGUUGCUCAAGACUGGUUUGCCAGAUUGCCUGCCAAGUCAAUAGACAGUUUCAAAGAACUUGGAAGUCUCUUUUUAAGCCAAUUCCUGGCUACCAAGAAGAGGAGGAAGCACUCAGCUUGCUUACUAUCUUUGCGUCAAGGGAAGGAAGAAAGCCUGAAAGAUUUCAUGCAUAGGUUCAAUAAAGAAAAAUUGUUAGUGGAUAACCCGGGGGAUCAAACGGUAUUAUCCGCGUUAUGGCAUGGGGUCAGGCCAAAUGGGCCUCUAAUGGCCGAAGUAUCAAAAAGUUCGACAGAAAUAACUCUUACCGAGUUUAUCGCCAAGACAGAGGAAUAUAUUAAUCAGGAGGAAAUGAUUAAAGCUCUCACGAAAGGUCAGGAGGAAGAAGACCGGGAGAAGGAGGACGCCAAAAAGGAAGAGGACGCCAAAAAGGAGCCACCUAUAGCAUCUGUUCCGAAGGAAGAAAGGUUUCAGAAGAGAAUAGUGAAGAAGACUGUACCAUCAGUCCCAAAGACAGAACCCCGGCGACGUGAAGAUCGAAGGUUCACACCUUUGAAUACCAGGGUCAAUGAAGUGUUUAUGGAAAUUAGAAGAGACCCAGCUUUCAGGUGGCCAAGUAAGUUGCGGGGUGAUCCAAGGAAGCGAGAUCGGACGAAGUUUUGCGAGUAUCACAAUGAUCACGGACAUUUGACGGAAGACUGCGUAACCUUGCGGCAGGAAAUCGAAACUUUCAUUAGAAAUGGAAGGCUGGUAAGAUUCCUAGCAGGGGAAAGGAACCAAGGCGCGGUGCAUCAACAGCCUUUCCUAUUAGAAGGGAACCGAGCUGAAAGGGCACGGGAGCCGAGACGUGAUCGGGAUGAUGGUCCCAGAGAAGAUCCGAGACCCCCUCGGGAUCAAGGAGUAGUAGGAGAAAUCCAUACUAUUGCCGGAGGAAUAGCUGGUGGAGGACAGUCUAAUUCGGCCAGGAAAGCCCACGCUAGAAAAACACAGGCCAAGGAGAUCUUCACAGUACAGAGACCGUCCAAAGUUGCAAGAAGGGAUUCUGUAAUCCUUUCUUUUUGUGAAGAAGACGCUAGGGGGGUAAUGCAGCCACAUGAUGAUCCCCUAGUCGUAACAGUAACAGUGGCCAACCAUAUGAUUCACAGAAUUUUGGUGGACAAUGGAAGCUCGGCUGAUGUACUGUACUGGCCAGUUUUUAAACAAAUGAGUAUUGAUCGUGAUAGGAUCACACCAUUUAGCUCUCCCUUGGUUGGAUUUGCAGGAGAGCAGGUCCAGCCGAUUGGUCUUAUUUCACUGCCUGUAACGGCAGGGAUGGCACCUAAGCAGAAAACCGUGAUGGUAAAUUUCCUGGUUAUUGAUCGACCAGGGGCCUACAAUGCCAUUAUCGGUAGACCCGCUUUAAAUAAGUUGAAGGCCGUAACUUCAACAUACCAUUUGAUGAUGAAGUUCCCGACGGAAGAAGGGGUCGGAGAAGUGAAAGGGGAUCAGACCCAGGCGAGAAGAUGUUACAAUACGUCUCUCAAGAGGGUCUCGGAUCCGACUCCUAUUGUGAUUGGUACAGUAGGUGGUAAUAACAGGAAUGACCCAAAGGGAGAGCCAGCUGAACCUUUGGAGGAUGUGGUAGUAAGUGGAGACAAGACUUUGAAGAUUGGAACACAGCUCAGUCCCAGAAUCCGAGCCGACCUCAUUAUCUUCCUCAGAAGGAAUUUAGAAGUUUUUGCAUGGACUCAUGAAGAUAUGCCAGGAAUUGAUCCUGAAGACAUCAUCCACCAGCUAAAUGUGGAUCCAAGUGUAAAACCAGUAAAGCAAAAAAGAAGAAAGUUCGCCCCUGAACGGAAUGUGGCUAUAGCAGAAGAAGUGGAAAAGCUUCUCAAAGCUCGUUUCAUCGAAGAAGUAUAUUAUCCCGAUUGGUUUGCUAAUGUAGUAUUGGUCAAAAAGUCCAAUGGGAAGUGGAGGAUGUGCGUGGAUUUCACUGACCUCAAUAAAGCCUGCCCAAAAGACAGUUUUCCAUUACCCCGCAUUGAUGCAUUGGUGGACUCAACAGCUGGAUAUGGAUUACUUAGCUUCAUGGAUGCAUUCUCUGGUUACAGCCAGAUAUAUAUGCAUCCAGAAGACCGUGAGAAAACUGCGUUCAUAACUAACCGAGGCUUGUACUGUUAUAAGGUCAUGCCCUUCGGUUUGAAAAACGCAGGGGCAACGUACCAGAGACUGGUAAACAAGAUGUUCCGAGACCAGAUCAGACGCAGUAUGGAAGUAUACGUUGAUGACAUGCUAGUCAAAAGUGUGCUGCCACAGGACCACGUACUCGACUUGCAAGAGGCGUUCACAACCUUGAACAAGUAUGGGAUGAAGUUGAAUCCCUCAAAGUGUGCAUUCGGAGUUUCAUCGGGAAAGUUUCUCGGUUACAUGGUAUCCAGCCGAGGAAUAGAGGCCAAUCCUGAAAAGAUACAAGCUGUCUUGGAUAUGCAAUCUCCGAGAAACUUGAAGCAGCUCCAGCAAUUAACAGGAAGGGUAGCGGCACUAAAUCGGUUCAUUUCACGAUCGACCGAUAAGUGUCUUCCGUUUUUUAAAGUCUUGCAAAAGGCCUUUGAAUGGACAGACAAAUGUGAAGAAGCCUUCGAACAGCUGAAAAAAUAUCUGGUGAGCCCUCCUUUGCUGAGCCAGACAAUGCCUGGGGAGGUACUAUAUUUGUAUUUAACUGUGUCUCAAACGGCUGUCAGUGCUGCAUUAAUCCGAGAAGAAGAAGGAAUUCAAAAGCCUGUAUACUUCACAAGUAGAGCUUUGAGGGGCGCUGAAGAAAGGUAUCCCCAGAUGGAAAAACUGGCUUUCACCUUGGUUAUAGCAUCCAGGAAGCUCCGACCCUACUUCCAAGCUCAUACUAUCAGGGUGUUGACUGAAUACCCUCUAAAGAAAGUACUAAGAAAGCUAGAUCUUUCGGGAAGAUUAGCCAAUUGGGCUAUUGAACUAGGGGAAUUCGACAUCGAGUUUCUCCCUCGGAAUUCUCUCAAGGGCCAGGCACUGGCUGAUUUUCUGGCAGAAUUCACUAAUUUGCCAGACAUCACCAGCUGGCCAAGUGAUGAGACUUGGGUAAUCUAUGUAGAUGGAUCAUCUACAAAGAAGCAUGGUGGAGCUGGAAUAGUAAUGAUUACUCCUGAUGGGGAAGAGUUAUGUAGUUCAUUGAAGUUGAAGUUCAAAACCACAAAUAACGAGGCCGAGUACGAGGCAGUUUUAGCAGGACUCGGUUUAGCUCUUGAAAUGGGAGCCGAAUUUGUAGAAAUGCGGAGUGACUCCCAAGUCGUUGUAGGACACAUUCGAGGGGAAUUUGAAGCCAAGGGAGACAAGAUGAAGUUGUACUUAUCUAGAGUACAGGAUUUGCAAGCUUUAUUUAAGAAGUUUAGCAUUGCGAAAAUUCCGAGACCAGAGAAUGAAAAAGUGGACCAGUUGGCCAGAAUUGCCUCAACAGCCAGUGAAGAAAUUGAAUCCGAGACUCCUAUCCAAAUUCUUCCACGAUCAUCAGUUACCGAGGCGGUGUCGGUCUCGACAGCCGAGACCAUACCUAAUUGGCAACUAGAAAUUAUGGAAUACCUGGAAAGAGGAGUACUUCCUUCAGAUAGAAAGCUUGCUACCCGGUUGAAGGUGAGAGCCGAAAGGUUUACAAUGAUAAAUGGAGUCCUUUACAAAAAGGGUUUCACGCUGCCACUCUUAAAAUGUGUUUCCAAGGAUGAAGGAGAUUAUAUCCUUAGAGAGAUCCAUGAAGGGGUCUGUGGAAGCCAUUCUGGGGCCAGAAUAUUGGCGCAUAAAGCAGUCCGAGCAGGUUUUUAUUGGCCCAACAUGAGUCGAGACUCGGCAAAUAUAGUCAGGAAUUGUGACAAGUGCCAGCGAUUCGCGAAUAUCACUCAUCAACCUCCUGAAGACUUGAGUGCAAUAUCCUCACCCUGUCCCUUCUCCCAAUGGGGGGUAGAUAUAGUAGGACCACUGCCUCGGAGCAGGGGAGGUGUGCGGUUCGCAGUUGUUGCUGUAGAUUAUUUCACCAAGUGGGCAGAGGUUGAAGCCUUAGUAAAUAUCACGGCUAAGGCAAUAGAGCGAUUUUUAUGGAAGAAUAUCGUAUGUCGGUAUGGCAUUCCCCAUGCUUUUAUCACAGAUAAUGGCAAACAGUUUGACUGCGAGUCAUUCCGAGCCUGGUGUGCCCAGCUGCGAAUAAGGAACUAUUACUCGUCUCCUGGGCACCCCCAGGCAAAUGGGCAGGUAGAAGCCACCAACAAAACAAUUUUCAAGAUCUUGAAGAAGAAGCUGGAUGAUCGGAAAGGAAACUGGGCAGAAGAUCUGCCAGAAGUAUUGUGGGCAUACCGAAUGACCAAGAGAAUUCCAACCGAAGAGACACCAUAUGCCUUAGCAUUCGGGACUGAGGCAGUUAUACCAGCCGAGGUAGGCUCAGGCAGCUAUCGCGUAGAGACCUUCCAAUCCGAGACUAAUAACGAAGGGUUACAGCUACAUUUGGAUUUGCUACAAGAGAAGCGGGAUCAAGCCCAAGUGGCUAUGGCAGCAUAUCAGGCGAGAGUGACUCGUUAUUUCAACAAAAAGGUCAAGCCUCGGAGCUUCAAAGUUGGAGAUAUGGUUCUACGUAAAGCUACUUUGGCAACUAAGGACCCGGCUGAGGGAAAGCUGGCUCCUAGUUGGGAAGGACCUUAUAAGGUGAUUGAGUGCAAAAGAGCAGGAGCAUACCACUUGGAAGAUUCCAAAGGUAAGGCUCUUCCGAGGCCUUGGAAUGCUGAGCACCUUAAAAAGUACUAUGUCUAA